AAAGAUCGCGUCGGCAAAGCCUGAUCUGUUACGGAGCAUGCGCAGAAGAGGAAGACACGUCUCACGCGGCUGCGACGCUUGUUUAUGUCGAUAUAAAAAUACGGCACCGCUUUCUCCUCCCAAUCGAGCCGGCAGAGAAAAAUGGGCGGUCUGCUGAGCUACUUCCGGGGCCUGCUGGGGAGCCGGGAGAUGCGCAUCCUCAUCCUGGGCCUGGACGGGGCCGGCAAGACCACCAUCUUGUACCGGCUGCAGGUCGGGGAGGUGGUCACCACCAUCCCCACGAUUGGGUUCAACGUGGAGCAAGUUACCUACAAAAACCUCAAGUUCCAGGUCUGGGACCUCGGUGGCCAGACGAGCAUAAGGCCGUACUGGCGGUGCUACUUCUCCAACACGGACGCCAUUAUCUACGUGGUGGACAGUGCGGACCGGGACCGCAUCGGCAUCUCCAAGGAGGAGCUGGUCUCCAUGCUCGAGGAAGAGGAGCUGAAAAAGGCGGUGCUGGUGGUGCUGGCCAACAAGCAGGACCUGGAGGAGGCUAUGACGGUCUCCGAGAUCCACACGGCCCUGGGGCUGGACGCCCUCAAGAGCCGCACCUUCCAGAUCUUCAAGACGUCCGCCCUCAAAGGCAAUGGCCUCGACGAAGCCAUGGAGUGGUUAUCCAAUGCCCUGACCAACAGCAAGUGACGGCCGGGCCGCCCGGGCAAGAGGCUGCCUCCCGGGCCGGGCUGUGCGGUGGCACACCUCGGCGUCUCGUCGGCGCGCGUGUUGCUCCGACGGAGGAACGGGGAAUAGUGUGUCCACGACGCCUGCUCGCGAGGACCCCCCUGAAAGUGUGGUGGUGUGGGGGCGCCCGGCAGCACGCCGCGUCGGACUCUGGAGGAAGCGUGGAGGACUCUGGCGCACGUGGGGGGGAACGCGUCGGGCGGCCGCUGUCGCCUCUCCGACGUUGCUCCUCCUUUCUAGUCUGCGCCCGCGAGCCCAGCGAGAGGGAAAAAAGGAUUUAUAUUUUCGGGUUGUUUCGGAACGGAGCACCGGCAGUGUCGGAAACAUUCCUCCCGGUUGCUUCUGGCUGGUUCUAUACCUUUUUUUUUUGUUUUUGUUGACGAUGUAGCUUGAAUGUGAUCUUUUGUUUUGUCCUUUUAGUACGCGAUAAAAAGAAAGUGCCGACUUUGGAA